AUGGAGGCCACGAACCUAGCGCUUCCGCAGCGGGAGUCACUCAAAGCCCGCUCGGAGAGCAAAACGCUACAGUUGAACGCCAAGCCUAACCAAGUUGGCACAGUGCUCCUUUACGGCGUCCCGAUAGUCUCCCUGGUGAUCGAAGGCGUCGAGCGGCUUUGCCUCGCUCAGAUCUCCAACACGCUCCUCAAGCAGUUCUCGUACAACGAGAUCCACAACAGACGGGUAGCUCUCGGAAUAACCUGUGUUCAGUGCACGCCCGUUCAGCUGGAGAUACUGCGACGCGCUGGCGCCAUGCCGGUGUCUUCGCGGCGCUGCGGAAUGAUAACGAGAAGGGAGGCCGAGAGGCUCUGCAAGUCAUUCCUCGGGGAUAACGCACCGCCGAGGCUUCCUGACGACUUCGCGUUUGCCGUCCACCAUGAAUGCGCGUGGGGCUGCAGAGGCGCUUUCCUUCCAGCUAGGUACAACUCGUCGAGGGCGAAGUGCAUAAAGUGCGCCUACUGCGGCCUCUUCUUCUCGCCGAACAAGUUCAUCUUCCACUCGCACCGCGUGGGCCCCGGGGACAAGUACGUGCAGCCGGACGCGGCCAACUUCAACUCGUGGCGGCGGCACAUGAAGCUCAGCGGCAGCCCACCCGACGAGGUGGUCCACGCGUGGGAAGACGUGAAGGCGAUGUUCAACGGCGGCACCAGGAAGCGGAUGCUCUCCGCGGCCAGGCCUGAAACGGAGGUGGUGGAGGCAAAACGCUCGCCAGCUAGCCCACCCAACGCCCAUACGCCGGUGCCGAGGUUGGCCGAUUACGUGUGGGGCGCCAGGCUCCCGCUGCCGUACAUACCGUGGCUCAAGCCCACGUUAUGGACUCCUGGAGCGUUGACAGCUCUCAGUGGAGUGGGCACAUUAGAGGAGCCACGUGCUUUCCGACCAGUGCGCUCCCAUCGGCUGGACUCGCCCCAGUUGUCGCCAGCGUCACCGGCACAAUCGCCGACCAGGUCUCCAUUGGCCGCAUCACCGCCAAGGCGAAGUCGCUCUCCGCUCCGCUCGCCUCUCCGCUCUCCGCUCCGCUCCCCGCUCCGCUCGUCGCCAGCUCGGUCUACUAAGAGCGACCGAGACAGCGACGAGAGCGUGGACAUUGAGACCACUGAAGAGGACCAUCCGAAAGACAAUAGCAGUCCGCAUCCGAAGCGGACGCUCAGUUGGAUCCAAUUUAAAAAGUUUGAGGAGGAAAAACUCUCCAAUCACAAUCCCCGCGGAGCG